AUGGAAACGGCCGCCAACAGUGAGCAAGUGUCACAGGCCCAGGCGGGGAAGAAGGAAAAGCGUUUCCAGUGUCCUCACUGUCAAAGACUAUUCGCUAGACUUGAACAUUUACAGCGGCAUGAGCGCAUCCGUAAUGACUUGCUUGUCCGACAUGAGCGAUUGACCCACCGCAAGGACCACAACAACCAGCCAGGUCAUCAACGACGUUCUACCGAAGACAAUGACAUUCAAGUCGAUGCUCGGCCACAGAAGCGCAUGCGCUUUAGCAACGAUGCCGGACGCCCUGCGCCAGUAAUAUCCACCUUGAUAUCCUCACCUACUGUCCUAGAGAUGCACGCUUCACAACAUCACCCUGCGGUAUCGCUUGACUCCAUGACGUUUGACCACAGUAACGAGUACUCCUUGACCGCACUCUCCAUGGCUGCAGAGUACCAAGCACUGCAAGGUAACAUGCAGAAUGGAAGUUCGAGAACGGAGGACUUGCGAACCGCACUUCCUCUGCAUUCCGACACAGGCUCAAGACCAGUCGGGGAGCCCCAUUCCAUAGUACAUAAUGGCUCGCCACUGCACGCGUAUAGCUCUACUAUGGAGGAGUCACUGGACAGCCUUACGUCAUUCCUCGAUAACGAACCAUUGAACUCCUAUCACUUCACCUCCUUGAUCAACACUGAGCAGCCUAUGCCUUUCUUUUCGCCAGACUCAUUAGGAUAUGGCCAAGAGUUACUGCCUGGGGCUGAGACAGUGGCAGCGCCUACACCAAGUUGGAGACCGACCCAUGCGGAGGAAUCACAUUCGUUCUCGCGGUUUGGAUCUCGAUUUCCCUCAUUGCAGCCAGAUGAUAUUGCACAAGAACAUGGACUACGAGGACGAUCGAUAGCUGAUAUUUCUCAUGAUGAUCGACAGAAGAUUUCAGAAAUGCUCAAUGAGUUUGCUUCUGUCAUCCCAAACGACUUUAAGCUACCUACGCGACUGGCACUGUGUAGGUACAUUGCUGGAUAUAUCAAUGGCUUUCACGAACAUAUGCCUUUUCUUCACAUACCUAGCAUGUCCGUUCAAACUUGCUCCAUUGAACUCAUCCUAGCAUUGGCAGCCGUAGGCGCUCAGUAUACUUUCGAAGGAGAAAGAGGUGUUGAGCUCUUUCAUGUAAGCAGAGCAAUUGCUACAUCUCGCAUUCGAAGGAGGGACGCACGUCUUGUCCACCUUCAGCGUCACUCGGAUCAAGAUUGCGCAUCGUCUCAAGAUUUUGGCCGUUUAUCAGGAAUGCCUAGCCCGCAGCGCAGUUGCUCCAUUUCUGGGCCUCUUGGUCUUCCAUCUGAAAUAGAUUGCUCUGGUAUAGGAGAAGAUCUCAUGCAGACAGCGCAGGCUUUGCUGCUCCUUAUGGCCUUGUGCACAUGGGCCAAGCACAAAGAGAUUCUUCGAGAAGCACUUGCCAUUCAGAGUAUUAUCGCAACUUUGAUCAGGGAUGACGGGUUGCAAGAUGAUCUGCUUCGCGAAGAUAUUCCUUGGUUGGAUUGGAUUCGACGAGAAAGCAUCAAACGAACCAAACUCAUCGUCUAUGGCUUCUCCAAUCUACACUGUAUAGUGUACAACAUACCACCGUUUAUACUUACGUCAGAAGUCAAGUUACCACUACCUUGUAGUGCAGCAGAGUUCAAGGCACCUACUGAAACCUUGUGGCAAGAAGCAAGAAAGAAGAGCGUUCCUGAGGUCCUGUUCCAAGACGCGUUGAAGCGGCUGUUCUCAAAGAAUGGGCGAGAUGUCACGGAAGGCAACUCAUCCUCUGGUAAUUACGCGUUGAUCCACGCGUUGAUACAGCAAAUCUUCUUCCUUCGUCAAGUCGCUCGCUGUCGCUUCGACGGUCCUAGCGACCUGAGCUUCGAGGAUGUAUCCGCACUAGAGCUAGCGUUACGGAACUGGCAAACGGGUUGGCGUCAAAAUCCCGAGUCUUCGUUGGACCCCGUAAGCCCAGAUGGCCCAGUGGCUUUCAACUCCACUGCGCUGCUUCGUUUAGCUUAUAUUCGACUGUACGUUGAUACAGCGGGCCGAGCCUUGGAGACGCGGGAUCCCAUGCUUAUAGCGAACGCAUUCCGGGCAGGUCCGACCAUCAAGCGGUCCCCAAAGAUCACUAGAGCUGUGCUACAUUCGGCUCAUGCGCUCUCUAUACCCAUUAAGAUAGGAUACCGCCUAGUCGCAAAGACGCAGUCCUUCAUCUGGUCGAUACAGCAUUCCCUUUGUACCCUCGAGUGCGCGUACCUUAUGAGUAAAUGGCUGGAAGUGCUUUCCGUACCCAACCCAGUUCCACCGGCCACAGAAGACGAAAGUAGGAUCAUCGCAAUCGUAAAGAGCAUGUUGGAUGAGACAGAGUUUGCAGUCCCACCAGAGGUUCCAGCCGGGUCGCCAAGCUAUACCAAACACCUGAGUGCAGGUGUACUUCGAGUUUGGGCGAUGAUCUUCAAAGGAUCGCAAACCUGGGCGAUCGUGGACGUCAUCGGAACUGCGCUCAAUCUGUAUGCUGACAUGUUGGAGUCUGACUGA